AUGGCACCAGUAACUAAGAAAACAAACGGAAAACGUUCCGCUAGAGGAGUCAGUCAAUCAGAUAAAAAAUCGACCAAAAAGCCUAGAAUUUCUAUCGAUUCCUCCGAUGAAGAAUUGGAACUAGCCAAAAACGAAGAUGCUGAACUAUCUUCAUCAGAUGAAGAUGACCUAGAUGAUCUGGACAAGGGUAAACCAGAAGGAGAGAAAAAGGAGGAAGACAAAGAGGCCGAUGACCUAGAUAUCUCCGAUGAUGAUGAAGAUGAAGAUGAAGAAAAGGAAGGGAAAAGUAAAAGUGAAGGAGGUGAAGGUGGUAACCAUACUGAACAAAGAAAACUGCUAAAGGAAAGAAAAAUGCAAAGAAGAUCUGGUACUCAAGUGCAACAAAUUAAAUCUGUCUGGGAAAGAUUGCGUGUGAAAACUCCACCUUUACCAAAGCAAAUUCGUGAGAAAUUGUCCAACGAAAUCUGGGAAUUAUCCAAGGACUGUAUCAGUGAUCUUGUCCUAAAGCAUGAUGCUUCUCGUAUUGUUCAAACCUUAGUCAAAUAUUCUUCCAAAGAACGUCGUGAGCAAAUCGUUGAUUCUCUAAAGGGUAAGUUCUAUGUUCUAGCCACAUCUGCAUACGGUAAAUACUUAUUGGUCAAAUUACUACAUUACGGUUCCAGAACCUCAAGACAAGCCAUCAUAAACGAGUUGCAUGGUUCACUAAGAAAAUUAAUGAGACAUCGUGAAGGUGCCUAUGUUGUGGAAGAUUUAUUCGUUCUUUAUGCCACACACGAACAGAAACAACAAAUGAUCAAAGAGUUCUGGGGCUCUGAAUAUGCUGUUUUCAGAGAAACUCACAAAGACUUGACCAUUCAGAAAGUUUGUGAAAGUAGUGUUGAAAAGAGAAAUAUCAUUGCUAGAAACUUGAUAGGUACUAUUACCGCUUCAGUUGACAAAGGUUCUACUGGUUUCCAAAUUCUACAUGCCGCUAUGAGAGAAUACGUGAAAAUCGCUAACGAAAAAGAAAUUUCUGAAAUGAUUGAACUACUUCAUGAACAGUUUGCUGAAUUGGUCCAUACCCCAGAAGGUUCUGAUGUUGCCUGUACUUUGAUGGCUAAAGCUAAUGCCAAGGAAAGAAAAUUGAUUUUAAAGACUUUGAAAAACCAUGGUGAAAAACUGAUUAAAAACGAACAUGGUAAUAUUGUUUUCAUUACAAUUUUAAAUUGUGUCGACGAUACUGUUUUAGUAUUCAAGAGCUUCAGUCCUACUGUUAAGGAUCACUUACAGGAAUUCAUAAUCGACAAAUUCGGUAGAAGACCAUGGUUGUACAUACUGUUAGGUUUGGACGGUAAAUAUUUCUCCCCUAUUGUUAAGAAUGAAUUAUUAAGAUACAUUGAAUUAUCCGAAGCCACUUCUAAGAAAGAUCCUUUACAAAGAAGACACGAACUUUUAUCCAAGUUCGCCCCCAUGUUUUUGAGUACCAUAUCAAAGAACUAUGCUGAGAUUUUAACAGAGAACCUGGGCUGUCAAUUUGUUGCAGAAGUUUUGAUUAACGAUGAGUUAUACGCACAAUUGAAUGAAAAGGACCAACAAAAAUACCAAACUGUUUUAGACAACAUCUUAACUACCUUUAAGGGUGACAUAACUGAAGAAACACACCCAAUACAUAGAGCUUUCUCUACUAGAUUAUUGAAGGCUUUAAUUCAAGGCGGUAAAUGGAAUAACAAGGAAAGAAAGGUUGAACCUUUGAAGAAUGUUCAAGGCUUAGGUGUUCCAUUCGCCUACAAAUUAUAUGAUGAAAUCAUCGAUUCCUCCAACUUGUUGGAAUGGAUUAACAACGCUGAUAGCUCAUUUACAAUUGUUGCCCUAUACGAAACUUUGAAAGAUCAAAAGGAAGGAAAACAAUUUUUGAAGGACUUGAAAGAGGUUCAAAGUAAAAUAACCUCUGAUGAAAACAACAAAGGCUCUCAUCUUUUGGUUAAACUUUUGAAAUAG